AUGGUCGACGGCAAGACUAUCAGUCUCGGACUGUGGGAUACAGCCGGUCAAGAGGAUUAUGACCGACUCCGUCCGCUCUCGUAUCCGCAAACGGAUGUCUUCCUGGUCUGCUUCUCUCUCGUCAGUCCCCCCAGCUUUGAGAAUGUGAGGAGCAAGUGGUACCCCGAAAUUAACCACCACGCCCCCGGAGUCCCCAAGCUGUUGGUUGGCACCAAGCUCGACUUGCGUGAAGACCCGGCGUCUAUUGAGAAGUUGCGAGAGCGACGAAUGGCUCCCGUGACCUACCAGCAGGGCGUCAGUAUGCACAAAGAAAUUGGCGCAACCAAGUUCCUGGAGUGUUCGGCGUUGACCCAGAAGGGGUUGAAGAAUGUGUUUGAUGAGGCGAUCCGCGCCGUCUUGUAUCCUACGGCCAAGCCAAAGGAGAGGAAGAAGCCUGGAUGCGUCGUUGCAUGA